CUGUACCGGCGCGUGAUCAACCGGAACAACCGCCUGAAGAAGCUGAUCGAGCUGAAGGCGCCGGACGUGAUCAUCCGCAACGAGAAGCGGAUGCUCCAGGAGGCGGUCGACGCGCUGUUCGACAACGGCCGCCGCGGGCGCGUGCUGCGCGGGGCGAACAACCGGCCGCUCAAGUCGCUCUCCGACACGCUCAAGGGCAAGCAGGGGCGUUUCCGCCAGAACCUGCUCGGCAAGCGCGUCGACUAUUCCGGCCGUUCGGUCAUCGUCGUCGGCCCCGAGUUGAAGCUGCACCAGUGCGGCCUGCCCAAGAAGAUGGCGCUCGAGCUGUUCAAGCCGUUCAUCUACAACAAGCUCGAGGAACGCGGUCUGGUGACGACCAUCAAGCAGGCCAAGGAGAUGGUCGAGCAGCACGAGCCGGAGGUGUGGGACAUCCUCGAGGAGGUGAUCCGCGAGCAUCCCGUGCUGCUGAACCGCGCCCCGACGCUCCACCGCCUCGGCAUUCAGGCGUUCGAGCCGAUGCUGGUCGAGGGCAAGGCGAUUCGGAUCCAUCCGCUCGUCUGCACGGCGUUCAACGCCGAUUUCGACGGCGACCAGAUGGCGGUGCACGUGCCGCUCUCGCCGGAGGCGCAGAUCGAAGCCUCCGUGCUGAUGAUGUCGUCGAACAACAUCAUGUCGCCCUCCAACGGCGCGCCCGAUCACGGUGCCGACCUGCUGCAUGCGCCGGUCGAGACGCUGGACGGCAAGAUCAUCGAAACGACCGUCGGCCGCGUGGUGUUGAACGAUGCCUUGCCGGACGGCACGCCGUUCAUCAACGGCCUCCUCAAGAAGAAGGGCCAGCAGCAGCUCGUGCAGUACUACUACCUGCGGCACGGGCUCGAGCGGACGGUCUCGAUGCUCGACCGCCUGAAGGACAUCGGUUUCCUGUACGCCACCAAGUCGGGCCUGUCGAUCGGCAUCGACGACCUCGUCAUCCCGCAGGAGAAGGGCGCGCUCGUGCAGAGCGCCAGCGAUGAGGUCAUCAAGGUCGAGCAGCAGUACCUGGACGGCGCCAUCACCAACGUCUCCGGCCGCGGUUUCAACCCGGUCUACAUCAUGGCGGACUCCGGCGCGCGGGGCAGCAAGCAGCAGAUCCGCCAGCUCGCCGGGAUGCGCGGGCUGAUGGCCAAGCCGUCCGGCGAGAUCAUCGAGACCCCGAUCACGUCGAACUUCCGCGAAGGCCUCACGGUGUUGCAGUACUUCAUCUCGACGCACGGCGCCCGGAAGGGACUGGCGGAUACCGCGCUGAAGACGGCCGAUUCGGGUUAUCUGACGCGGCGCCUCGUUGACGUCGCCCAGGACGUGAUCAUCUCGGAGCUCGACUGCCACACGGUGCGCGAUCCGUUCACGAACGAGCUGAUCGCCGACGAGAACCAGGAAAUCACGGAGGAGCUGGCCGCGCAGAUACAGGACGCCGGCAUCGAGAAGGUGAAGAUCCGGUCGGUGCUCACCUGCGAGUCCCAGCGCGGCGUCUGCGGCCGCUGCUAUGGCCGCGACCUGGCGACCGGCCGGCUGGUCGAGCUCGGUCUCGCCGUGGGCGUGAUUGCCGCGCAGUCAAUCGGCGAGCCCGGACGCAGCUGA